AUGACAAAAAGGCCAGCAGCAAAACCCUUGGUUCUACCUGCUGUACAGGAGGAUGCGGCGGAGCGGAAGCGCGUCCUUAAUGUUCUGGCACAAAGAAGAUACCGAAGAAGAAGGAGGGAGCGCCUCCAAGCUCUUGAGUCUAAGGAGAAACGGACCGAGGUGCCAAGAAACGAAGGAACUGAAGUGCGAACUACAUCAGAGUCUAUCAGUGAUCUGCCGGCUGUGAUGAAUCAUCCAGUACAGUAUCUUGAUGCAGACAUCAUGCUUCCACCCCAAGAAGAGAAUCCCACCGCUCCCUCCUUGUCAUCGUCUGCUCCUUCUAUGGAAGUCUUGGCACCAUUCCCACCUCUGGCAAAGGUCAAUCCCCAGCAAUCGUUCGGCCUUUCUCCUACCGACGCAUGGGAUCCCUUCUUGGCAACAACAUGGCCCGAAUGGAUGUCGCCGUCUCAAACAUCUAAUGGCUAUAGUGACAAGCUUCCAUCUGUGGAAUUAAACGACCUAGAUAAUGACUGGGACCUCUCUGCGGCGCUCCAAGCAGACGAGACCUCUUUUUUCACCUUCCCAGAUGAUGAGCUGCUCGAGGUUCCGUCCCUCGUCCUGCUGAACGCAGCAAUGAAAGUUGCACAAAGGUUAAACAUCACGGACCUCCUCUGGGACUUUACAGCAGUCAGUCGUUUCUACCAAGCAGCCCGCUCUUCGUUGCCUGGUCUAUCACCGCCCUCUUUGGAAAGCAGCUCGUCGACAGCAGAAUAUUUAUCAGCAAACCUCAGCCAAGAUACAGGUCAACCAAUGGAUGUGACUGAGCUGCCAACACAUCUUCAGCCAACCCGAACCCAGCGCCUGAUCCCCCACCACCCAAUCCUGGAUCUUCUGCCCUGGCCAAGUACACGGGACAAGUUGAUCCACGUCUUCCAUCUUCCUCCUAAUCUACGUCCACGGUGCGCGCAGGAUCCAAUGGCGCUCAUGCAUCUAGUGUAUGAUAUGGAGGAUGACAGUGGGGAAGGGGUCAGAAUUCACGGAGAGGACCCUUUUGAGCCAGCUAGAUGGGAAAUCGGUCAAGUGUUGUUUGAGCGGUGGUGGUGGGCGUUUGAGAGAAGUAUCGUGGAAAGAAGCAAUCGAGCUAGGCAGAGGAGAGGCCAGAGCGAGUUGUUAUUGGAAGGUCACCAGAACUAA